AUGUCAUAUGCUUCUGAACAAGAUAUUCAGUGGCCUCCUAAUCGGUCGGAUAUAUUUGUCGUUAUAUGGAAGCAGCAUAUCUAUCUAUUUCGAAUAGAAGAACCAACAAAUGCCGCUGAUAAUACGAAAAGUUUCAUCAUAGGAUCAAAGUGCAAGUUUCUAAUUUCUGUAUCCAAUAUCUGGAGCAGUAAUAUAUUUCCACAAUGCGUUGCGUGGGUUUCCAGUACGAAUAAAGCGAGCCUUGAUGUAGUUCCGGAUCAUUUGAUUGCUGUUACUCUCAGUGGUGGAUGUAUAAGACUUAUAGGGCUUCCUGAAUCAAAUGUGGAGGAAGACAGAUUUGGUUUGCAAAACAAAGAGUUAGCACCUAGAUUUACAAGAAAUACCAUCUUCCUUGCUUGGAACCCGUGGAAACGUAACUUGUUAGCUCAAGGUUUAGACAAACCCCGAAAUAGCAGAGAACCUUCAGUACUAAUAUGGGAUGUAACGAAGUAUACCGGUUCACGCCCGGUCAACACUAAGUCUGCUGAGCGGGAUCCAGUUUGCGCUAGUGGUCUACAUGCACAUUCAUAUUCUCUGCCGUUCGCACUUACUGGUUUGGAUUACAGUGCUUCAGAUUCCAAUACUUUGUAUCCAUUAGUUUCUAUAUAUUCUUCAAAAAAGGAGUGGAUAUCUGACAUAACUACAUGUGAUAAGUCUCUGUGUGACAUAGGGAUACAAGAUACUGUGUCAUCAUUUGCAUGGCUUUCGAAAAGUUCCUUCAUUGCAGGGAUGUCAGGCACGUACUUGAAAGUGUUUGAUCUAUCUGACCCUUCAAAAGCUUCUCAGACCGUUACCACUAGGGCAGUGAAUGGUUUAACAGUUGAUCCGUUAUGCAGUAAACGUUUCGCUUCAUUUUGUGAGCGACAAAUUUCUAUAUGGAGACUGGAUAACUUGGAAAAACCUGUUUACACAUUUUUUGAAUCUGGUGAUGUCCAACAAAUUAAAUGGAGUCCUUUAAGAGAGGCUUGGUUAGGUGUAUUGUUGACAGAUUCUUGCAGUGUGAAAUUGUAUGAUACCUACCCCAUGUUUUGUCAGCCUUUAGAAGAACCUGAACAAAUUCCAGUAGAAAGAUUAUUCUUUCCAUCAAGUAGGUCGAAUGUCAGUCUGGUAGCAUUCAGUUGGCAUCCAUCUAUUAUGAAUUGUUUAUUAACCUUGGAUCGUGAUGGUUAUAUGGAUGUAGCUCAUCUUGUGGAACGUGCAGCUAUUGGUUGGUCAGCUAAUCAAACAUUGGUUUGGUCCUACGGUUGUGACUGGACUGCCUUCAGCUUAACAGGAAUUACUAGCAGUAAUUCAGAUGCAUUGAUGGAAUUUCUGAACUCUUUUGAAACUAAACACUUAGAAAAGACCAGCAGUACGAAUAAUAAUAAUAAUAGUAACAGUAAUACUAAUCAUGUUUCAUCGAAAACAUCUGAUAUAAAAUAUCAGAAUACUAAAGACAAAGAUGAUAUGAAUACAUGCGAUGAUUGUAAAACACAGACAACUCUCUUCUCUGAAUUGAAACAAACUCUGGAAUCAGAUAUCUCAGUUGUUAUGCAAAAACGUGCCGAACUUGGAUAUGGACUUGAUGCUGAAGGCGCCACGUAUGUUGAUAUUGUCAAGGAUGAUGCUCAACUGAGGACAAUGUGGACGUGGAUUAAAUGUAAUUUCAUUUGUUGUCUGUUGCUUAUCAUCAAUGAAUUUAUGAAAUUUUCAUUGCGACAAAUUUCUAUAUGGAGACUGGAUAACUUGGAAAAACCUGUUUACACAUUUUUUGAAUCUGGUGAUGUCCAACAAAUUAAAUGGAGUCCUUUAAGAGAGGCUUGGUUAGGUGUAUUGUUGACAGAUUCUUGCAGUGUGAAAUUGUAUGAUACCUACCCCAUGUUUUGUCAGCCUUUAGAAGAACCUGAACAAAUUCCAGUGGAAAGAUUAUUCUUUCCAUCAAGUAGGUCGAAUGUCAGUCUGGUAGCAUUCAGUUGGCAUCCAUCUAUUAUGAAUUGUUUAUUAACCUUGGAUCGUGAUGGUUAUAUGGAUGUAGCUCAUCUUGUGGAACGUGCAGCUAUUGGUUGGUCAGCUAAUCAAACAUUGGUUUGGUCCUACGGUUGUGACUGGACUGCCUUCAGCUUAACAGGAAUUACUAGCAGUAAUUCAGAUGCAUUGAUGGAAUUUCUGAACUCUUUUGAAACUAAACACUUAGAAAAGACCAGCAGUACGAAUAAUAAUAAUAAUAGUAACAGUAAUACUAAUCAUGUUUCAUCGAAAACAUCUGAUAUAAAAUAUCAGAAUACUAAAGACAAAGAUGAUAUGAAUACAUGCGAUGAUUGUAAAACACAAACAACUCUCUUCUCUGAAUUGAAACAAACUCUGGAAUCAGAUAUCUCAGUUGUUAUGCAAAAACGUGCCGAACUUGGAUAUGGACUUGAUGCUGAAGGCGCCACGUAUGUUGAUAUUGUCAAGGAUGAUGCUCAACUGAGGACAAUGUGGACGUGGAUUAAAUAUAUCAAUGAUUAUAUGGAUGACUCCUUGAUGAGACGUCGCUUAGAAGUUGAAUCAUCUCAGUCGAAUUUCCCAAGCAACCAACGGGAUGGCGGUAGCACUUCCAUCUCCAGACGCCGUGUACCAUCAAGGUGUUUAGGUGUAAUUUCAGUUCUGUGUGAAAAUCCUUUAUCACCUGGUGCUACAUUUACAAGUGAAGUUAUCGAGCACGUUGAAUGGCAGGGAAUAGAUGCUAAGUUACCAUUCUCACGAUACUGGAGUCCUGAAAGGUCACGUGUUCUUCGUCUGUGUAUGUGGCCGUUGGAUGAUACAGAUGUUGUGCAACGUCCGGUUUUUGAAAGCUUGUGCUCAGAAGGACAAUACGAACGAGCAGCUGCAAUGGCCUUAAUGAAUUUAAAAUUUGACUGGGCCUUGAGUUUUUUGAAUAGAGCAUCUUCAGAUUCUGAUAUUGGUUUAGUCGCGUUGGCUUUGGCUGGCUAUACGGAUACACGAAAUGAAUUAUGGCGAACAACAUGUGCCAAUCUAAUAAAGCAUGUUCAAAACCCUUACCUACGUGUCAUGUUCAUGUUUUUAAGCCGUCAAGGCGGAGAUUUUGAACCGAUAUUGAAUGAUGAUGCUCUAUGCCUUAUCGAUCGAGUUGCUUUUGCUUGCCUAUACCUGAAUGAUGAAAGUCUUCUCAGUUUUGUACGUUCAACUUGUCGCACUAUGGUAAAACGUGGACAACUAGAAGCUAUCCUAUUAACUGGUUUAUGCUCAAAUGAUUUUAUUACUCUAAUACAAAAUUAUGUUGACAUAACUGGUGAUGUACAAUCAGCUGCAAUUGUUGGUUUACAUGCUAGCCAGCUAUCUUCAAGUGAUUCCACUACAUUAAUAACUAGCAAUGAUAAUAAACGAACAGAUACUAAUAGUAAUGGAAUGAAUACUCCACGUCGUUCACAGAUCGGGUUAAAUAAUAGUAUACGUUCAGUAAAUCUGGAGAAACGAUUAUCUACACCGAUUAACAGUGGAGGAGGCGGAGGAGGAGGAGAAGGACGUAAUUCAUCGUCUAAUGAAGAACAGAUUACUCUAAUUAAACUUGGAGGCCCUAGAUUAGCUAAUUGGGUUCAAUGUUACCGUGAUCUGUUGGAUCAAUGGCAAAUGUGGUUCUAUCGUGCUGAUUUCGAUAUCACGUACAAAUCACGUCUCUUAUCCGAUUAUAUGUCAUCAGGGAAUAGUUCUAAAAGUCAUGUUUCAAGUUCAUUAUUGAUGUCAUCGAAAACUGCUGAACCUGAUACAGCAGCUUCUGGUACUAUGAACAAUAGUACAACUUCUUCCAAUAGUAAUAGUAGUCCUACUGUUAGCAAUGCUUCCACAUCUAGUGCUACUAAUACGCUAUAUGGCGUUAAAGUUCGAAGUAUUGGAUUAGUAGCUGGUGCUAAUCAAGUGUUCGUUGCCUGUGGUUUUUGUGGUUGGCGUUUAGAACCUCAGAGCAAUAAAGUGAAUGUAUCAUCAUUGGGAUCUGCUGGUAGCAGUGGUACAAGCGCCAGUGGAAAUAGCACCCAAGCCAAUAACAUUUCUACUGCUGGUGUCGUUACUAGUUCAUCUAUCAUUGAGACAUCGUGCUCUUCUACAGCCUCUAAUUUACAAAUGCAUGGUGGUGGUGGUAAGCAAACAAUCUGUCAACACUGUAGAAAACCUCUACCUAGAUGUUCGAUAUGCUUAAUGCAUUUAGGUACAUCAAUUCCUUCGAAUGAAUCUAUGAGGAUAUCUACGGGUAGUAGAGGUGAAUCAAUGCUCCGACAAAUCGCUUUAACAUCAGCACCAAAAUUAUCAGUAGACUUUGUAAAAGCUAUGCAGAUUGGUAUUACAGGUGCAACAGUCCCACCACCUGCAGAUACUGGGAAUAAAAAUAACCAGAAAAAUCUAUACUCAUCAACACGAAAAUCUUCAUUAUUGGCCAAUUCAACCUGUGUUAUAGCUGAUUGGUUUGUCUGGUGUCAAGCCUGCAGACAUGGUGGUCAUGCAAGUCAUUUAAUUGAAUGGUUCUAUGGUGAUUCAUCAGAUUCAAGUGAUAUGGGUUAUUUAAAAGAAUGUCCAGUUAGCGGAUGCCAGUGUAGAUGUGCUGUACUGGAUGGUAGUCAAAUAUUAUCACAACUGGAUUUCAAGCGUUUAUCUAUCAAUAGCAGUGCAGAUUCAGAAGAAACUUGUUCAGUUAGUGAUGAAUUAAUUGGAUUAGAUGAUAUUAUGCUUCAGCAUAUUUUUUAA